AUGAACUCCGAGGAAAUUGCACAAUAUCAAUAUCAACUUGACCAAGUCAAUCUUGCUUUAAAGAGUGAACCUGAAAAUUCAGAACUCUUGAAGCUUAAAACGGAUCUAACAGAAUUUAUCACACUUACUACCACCCUUAUUGAUCAAGAGGUAACACUUUCACCUUCUAAAAGGUCAACUUCAUCGGUUUCGCCUAGGAACAAUUCAACGCCAACUACACCAACUUUAACUUCUCUACCAACUUUUACAAAACCACUUCAAGUUGGAGAUUCUUGUCUGGCGCGCUGGUCUGGCGAUGGACAAUUUUAUCAAGCUCAAAUAACAGCUAUUGGUGGUGGUAAUCAAGUUUUUUCGGUUGUUUUUAAAGUUAAUGAACAAAAUUUGAAACAAAAGUCUUGGCUUGCUUUUGCAAGUGGUUCAGCUACAGCUCCUGGCAAGAGAACAACGAAAGUAAAAAGGCUGGUGCAACCACCAAUAAACAAGAAGAGUAUCUUUGCUACUCCAGAAAAUCCGGAAGGCAAAGUCGGCGUGGUCGGUAGCGGUAAACCAAUGACACAAUUCCAACAACGUGGUAAACAUAUAUUUGACCGCGAUUAA